AUGUCAAUAAGAAGAAAGUUCAGCCAAACUGAACAGAAGCCAGACGUGGCAAGAAUACCGGCGGGGAAAAUAAAAACAACGCUGGGAAGACAAUAUGUGGAGAAGACAAAUGCGACAUUAUUGAAUUCGUCAUCUAUGGAUACAACUUCAAGAGCGACUACAACUAGUUCUAUUUUUGAGAAUCUUAAAAUCUCCGCUCCCGGAAGUCAACCGGAAGCCGAAUCCGAAUGUUGUAUCAUUUACUCCGAAUCAUCCUUUGAUGUAAUGCUUACAAACCUCCACCAAAAAGACCUAGAUAAAGUAGAAGCCUUAGAAGUCGAUAGCCUAGUCUCCUCUUUUAUCAGUACUCGAGAAAACGUUUCGUCUCGCAUCCAGGUGAUGAAGGGGCCGCUUGUUUCGGAAGCCUGUACAUGUGGCCAUUUGCAUUUAGAUGCAGGCGUAUUAGCGUUAAAAGGCCGGCCUCCGUUUAGGAGGCUUGUACAUGCCCGUUUCGAAUUGCUGGAAAUAUCAGGAUUACACCCAAAAUACCAGCAUCAAAUACUCAAUUUCGAAAACGGUUUCCCUUCUCUGCACGCAAAUCAUUCUCGGCAACUCGAUCGGAAUUAUACAAUGGUCAAACCCGUUAGACAACAGGAUCUCGACUUCAUGAAAGUCGAGCACGGCUGGUGGGAGGCUGAAAGGAUUGCGCAGACACAUCAACGUGUACAGGAAGCAAUCAAAAAGGCUGAGCAGGAGUUUGUAGAACAAGAGAAACAAGGCUGGGAAGAGGGCCAGAGACUGUACGUUCAAUUGCAACGAAAUCGUGCAGAACAGAUAGCAGAACUUGAGUAUAUGCGCAGCCAUAAAUUUAUUAAAAGGCAACAAAUGGUAGAUGCGUAUUGCCAAAAGUUUGAUCAACAACUUGAUAAAGUUUUAGAAACAUUUACAUCUACUUUUGAAGCAGAGGAAAGAAAAAUCACAGCUGCCCGUGAAGCAGCCGAGCAUGCUCGUCGCGAAGAGGAGGCUCGAAAAGCGGCUGCAGCUGCGGCUGAAAUCCGUAGAAAGGCCGAAGAGGAGAAAAGGCAAGCUGAGGAAACAGCGAGGAAAGUAGCUGAAGCAAAGCAGAAGGCUUUACAAUUGAAGAUGGAACAAUUACAGCAACAACAACAAAAAUUGGCAGAAGCCUCUGUGUCAGAAAACGUGUUAAAGAAAGAAAAGGAGUACAAAGAUUUUAUACAAAAAUGCAAAAAUGAUUUGAAAAAUGAUCCUAGGCUGAAUGCCGAUAGAUCCACAAUAAAACAGCAUUUCACAUUGCGGUUGAACCAGUUGACGAAUAAAAAGGAUCAUAUUAUGACGACGGCAAACGAGCUUUCUGCCCAGCUUACUGGAGCCGGCAUGUCUCCAGAGCAGCAUUACUACAGACUUAACAUGUUGGCCAAGACUAUUGUCGAUCAAAUCGGCAUAACAGUCCUCGAUAGACCCGAGAUGGCUUUUGCCUUUGGACACUUGUGUAUUCUUUUGUACUCAAAGUAUGCCGAGUUUAAGAAAUUCGUGGAUGCUCGUCUGGCAAAGAAAUGCCCUUACGUACUUCCGAGAUACUAUGACAAAUCACCGUCUUCGGUGCGUACUAUAUUCAAUGAUGUCGGUAUGGACAGAGUCGAUUGUAUAAUCAUAUUCAUCAGAGGCCAGAGUUCAGACGAAUACGAUAAGUUGGUUGGAAGGCAAUCAAAUGAGACUGAAGAAGUUUACCGAAAGCGAGUGUUGGCAUACGUCAGGUUCCAUCUUGCUAUCUUACAGACCAAACCAUGGAUUCCUAACAUUCCAUACCAGAAAUUAGUUGAGGAAUCAUGGAAAUGGAUUGCUGAAAUUUUGAAUUUGAAAUCACGAUCGAUAACCCCAGCAAUUCUCGACGUCUUCAUAGAAGUCGUUGCACACAGAUUCUAUGAAGCCUUCCAACGGGAUGGCUUGAAAAUUCUGACUACAAUCUAUCGCAGGUACUACGCUGACGAUACGGAAGAAUUAAAACAGUUGAAAAAACUAGUUCCAGGCGAUGUAGCAGUAUUACAGAACAGGCUUCAGGAAUGUUUCACAAAGCAAACAUUUGCAGAGCCCCAAGGGAGGACUCCAUUGUGA